CAGACCAGUGCCCCUCUGCGUCCCAUUUUUUUUGUUCCUCGUCCACAUCCCCUCCCCUCCUCUCAUCGCUCACCUCGGUCUGUCAUCGCAAUGCAGCGCAAGGAGACGAUCGCCGCAUCCCCGGCAAGCGCACGGCACCUUCUCACACACUUACAGCUGUAGGGGUGUUUUUUCUUUUUUUUUUUUUUUUUACACCACACUUGUGCACAGAGAAUGGGUGCCCCGGCGCGCGCUCUCCGGGGGCACACUCCUGUCGCGCGCGGCUGGGGGGUGAUGCGCAGCGCCGCGUGAUGAAGACUCGCGGCUCCGGCGGCCGAGGGCACUGUUUGGAAUUACGAUCGGAACCCGGUUCCUUUUCACAGGAAAGCACCAAUGGACAACCAGUCGGCCAUUCAACUGCAGUGUCUGGAGAUGACAACAAAGAGGAAGAUCAUCGGCCGCCUGGUGCCGUGCCGAUGCUUCCGAGGGGAGGAGGAGGUCAUCUCCGUGCUGGACUACUCCCACUGCAGCUUGCAGCAGGUGCCCAAGGAGAUCUUCAGCUUUGAGCGCACACUGGAGGAGCUCUACCUGGAUGCCAACCAGAUUGAGGAGCUGCCCAAGCAACUCUUCAGUUGUCAAGCGCUGAGGAAACUGAGCAUACCCGACAAUGACCUCUCGAGCCUGCCGACCACCAUCGCAAGCCUUGUCAAUCUAAAAGAGCUUGACAUCAGUAAAAACGGCAUUCAGGAGUUCCCUGAAAACAUAAAGGGCUGCAAAUGUCUAUCCAUUGUGGAAGCCAGUGUUAAUCCAAUUUCCAAGCUCCCAGAUGGGUUCACCCACCUCCUCAACCUGACACAGCUGUUCUUAAAUGAUGCCUUUCUGGAACAGCUCCCUGCCAACUUCGGAAAAUUAUCGAAACUGCGCAUUCUGGAACUCAGAGAAAAUCACCUCAAAACAUUGCCAAAGUCAUUGCAAAAACUGUCCCAGCUGGAGCGGUUAGAUCUGGGCAGCAAUGAAUUUGCUGAACUGCCAGAGGCCCUGGAACACAUACAGAACCUGAAGGAGCUUUGGAUGGAUAACAACUCCCUCCUGACGCUGCCUGGGUUCAUAGGGAAGCUGAAGCACUUGACGUACCUGGAUUUGUCCAAGAACAGGCUGGAGUCCCUGGACAUGAAUAUUUCUGGAUGCGAGGCGCUGGAAGACCUCCUUCUGUCCUCCAACAUGCUCCAGCAGCUGCCCGACUCCAUCGGAAUGUUGAAAAAACUGACAACUCUAAAAGUAGAUGAAAACCAACUAACCUCAUUACCUAAUACCAUUGGGAGUUUAUCACUUUUAGAGGAGUUUGACUGCAGUUCCAACGAGCUGCAGUCCCUCCCGCCAGCCAUCGGCUAUCUGCACAAUCUCCGAACCUUUGCGGCAGAUGAAAACUUCCUUUUAGACUUGCCCAGAGAGAUAGGGAGCUGCAAGAAUGUCACAGUCAUGUCUCUGCGCUCCAACAAGCUGGAGUUCCUGCCUGAAGAGAUUGGACAGAUGACCAAACUGCGAGUGCUCAACCUGAGUGACAACAGGUUGAAGAAUUUGCCUCUGACAUUUGCAAAGCUAAAGGACCUGGCUGCACUGUGGCUAUCAGACAAUCAGUCCAAGGCACUCAUCCCCCUGCAGUCCGAGGCCAACCCCGAGACCAAGCAGAGGGUCCUCACUAACUACAUGUUCCCUCAGCAGCCACGGCAUGAUGAAGAAUACCAGUCAGACAGUGACAGCUUCAACCUAGCCCUCUGGGAGGAGGAGAGGCAAAAGCGCAUGACCGUUGCCUUUGAAUUCGAAGACAAGAAAGAUGAGGAAGACAGUGCUGGGAAAGUCAAGGUUGAAAUCAAUCUGAAACGCUACCCCACGCCUUACCCGGAGGACAUGAAGAACAUGGCAAAGUCGGCACAGACCCUAGUGGGUCACGCAGGACACGCCCUUGGCCCAGAGAUCCGCCCCGCAGUCAUGCCCAUGGAGCACCACGCCAAGGAACAGUAUGAGCACGGCUGGCCAAUGGCCCCAAAGGAGGCUGUCGUUGACAUGGCAGCCCAAUUGGAGGUGGCUGCCAAGGUUCUCAAAACCGGCAGAGAGCCCACGAGCUACAACUUAGCAGUAAGACUGACCGACAGAGAAGGUCAGGAUUACCAGAAAACGCAGAUCAUCGAACGGGGGAUUGGCCACAACACUGCCAUUGACAUUCCUGCCCACAACGAGAAGGAAGAUUUGACCGAGAGCUCUGAGGAUUCCCCCAAUGACAUUCGCAUUUCCGACAUGAGAUCAACGCCAGUGGAGGCCCCCAUGUUCAAGCCAAAGGUCAUCUUACUGGGCAAGAACAAACCAGGCUCAACUGAUGAACCCGAGGCUGAAAAAACACUCGGGAUUAACAACAGUGGCUCCUCAGCCACAUACUCGGACUACUCCCCAUCCCAGACCUCCUCUGGUUCCUCCAACCCUCUGGCAAACAUGGCAGGCCAGCAGCCUGUGGUAAAGAGCACAGAGCCCCCACCCCACUGGGCAGACAGGCCAGGUCAGCCCAUCCCCCCACCCAUGGAGAAGCCAUUCAUGAACCAGAGGGCGACAAACACCUUGCAGCAGCACACUGAGAGACGGCCCCUCAGCAGCACUUUCAACAGCUGGAACGAGAGCUCUCAGUACGACAACACCGACUUUGGGGCCGUGGAGGCCCCUGUGGAGGUCCAGAGCACUGCCAAACCCACACUGGGGCCUAGAAGCAACUCAGCUCAAGGUCGACGAGCGCUUAUGAGGCAGGAGCGGGUGGUGGCAAUGUCCCAGGAGAUGGACCAAGCACCUAAACCCUUCCAUGCGCCAGAGCCUGAAGUGCCUCCACCACCAAACCCCUGGCAAAACUGGACAAGGACCCCUAGUCCCCUCGAGGACAGGACAGCCUUCCCUUCAAAGAUGGAGCUGACCCCUGCAAGCAGUCCUAAACCUACUCACAAGCAGCUGGAGCAGAUGGGAGAGCACCCUGGCACAAUCUCCAGGAGUGCCCUGGAGUCCAAGGAUGCAGGUAGAAUUGGCAGCCAAAGCAACCUUCUGACUCACCUCCAAGGCGGCCAGAAUCUCCCGAAGAACACUGUUACCAUCAGCAAGAGCUCAGAGAGACUCUACCCCAUGAUUAAAGAUGUGAAGACAAAGUUCAAGAAGUCACAGAGUAUUGACGAACUGGAUAUUGGUUCCUGCAAGGUUCACAAUGCCCCACAUGAUAGCUAUGGCUCCAGCAUGGAGAACCAGGGGAGUAUGGACAGGCCAGACAUCCCCCCACCUUACGAACACAGCAUAUCACGCAGCCACUCCGCCCCCAUGCUGGAUGAUGACACAGAUGACUUUGGCACCACACCAAGCUCAGAGGAUCAGAAAACUUCCAUUCCAAAGAAAGUUUUCCACUUUGACCAAAGCUUCAACCCCCAGGGCCCCAUGGAGAUGAUGAACCCUGAAAGGAGGGCCCCGCCACCUUUCCCCAGCACAACCAUGUACAUCAAUCAGGCAGGCAAGACCCUCCCGAAGGAGCUGGUGAGCCCCAGGACCUACAAGGGCUAUCCCCCAAUGGAGCAGAUGUUUCAGUUCACACAGACCUCAGCCAACAAGGAGCCAACAAGUCAGCAGUUUCAAAGUCAGAGGUCGCGGCCAGGCUGUCUUCGGAGGGCGGACUCCUUAGUUAGCUCCACAGAGUUAGCGCAUUUCCGUCGUGUGGUGGAAGCCCAGGAGAUGCAGUCCUACGGCCAGCAGCAUCCCAAGGCCAUGCUGGAACAUCAGGCCAGGUUGUCCACCAAGACUGAAUCACAGUUCUAUAAGGGAACUGGCAGGUACGAUGGUGACUACACACCAUACCAGGAGCCCAAACCAUCUAUAGCAGCAUACCCUACCAAGAGCCUGGCUCAACGGCGCCCUCUGUCAGCCAGGAGCUACAGCAUAGAAAGCUAUGGAGCGUCACAUGCACGACCUGUGUCUGCCAGGCCUACUAUGGCUGCCUUGAUGGAGAAGAUGCCAUCAGAUUACAACCUGAGCACCUGCAUGGAGAAGAACAAUGAUGGGGAUGAUGAGCUGUGGUCUGAACACAACAAAAUGCCAGUGGACUGGAGGCAGCAGCUACUGAGGCAUAUAGAUGCUAAAAGACUAGACUGGCAGGGCAAUGUUUUAGAUAACAGAAAAGGAGAUAUGUCUAACACCACCUUGCGGGCCUCGUACGCCCUGGGCAGGAGAGAUGUGCCACCAGACAACAUCAAGAAGGCAGGUACCCAUGCCCUCCAAAACCAGACGAUGAAUGUCAUUUCGGCCACCCCGCCACAUCGCCCGGCCCAGGAGCUCCACGAAGGGCCCAUCCACAAGAUCCCCCUGCAGCAGUACCCGACCGGCCUCCCUGCCUCCACCACCUGCCCUCGGCCGCAGAGCGCCCACUGUCUCAGCCAGACCAAAGGGCAGAAGAGCAUAGAUGGAUACAAGGAGCAGUUUUGUGUGCGCAUAGAGAGAAAUCCUCGCCUUGGUUUCAGCAACUCAGGGGGAAUAAGUGGACAAAGGAAGCCGCUCGAGCCUGCAGAUGUGGCCAUCUUUCUUGGCAGGGUACAACCUGAUGAGCCAGCUUCCGAUGUUCUUCAACCCGGAGACAAAAUUCUAAAGGCUAAUGGACGUAGUUUAUACGCGUGGAACACGAAACGACCGUAACCCUGCUAAAGAAUUCCCAGAAUUCCCAGAAAACUGUGGACUUGGUAAUACUGAGAGAGAACGUGGCCUAAAUAUUUUUAAUACAACUUCUUUUAAAGAAAGGAUGUUGAAAUCUGUGAAAGUUGCUAAAAACACAUUUUUAUCCAAGAACAAACAGUAUUUGCCAUUUGCUGGACAAGUGGUAAAUUCUUUUGACAAGAUGUUGUAAGAAAUAACUGCUAUAAAGUUCUAAACGUAUAUGGAAAGAAUGCUGUGCUAUGUAAAUCUGAUGGUAUUUUUAUCAAUCUAUACGCCCAAGGCUGUUAAUGGAUUUUUCUUUUGCUUUUUAUUUGUUUUCUAUUUAUUUCCACAAAUGUGUUUUACCUGCAGAGUACGUUUCAGUAUCUAAGCACCCAGACUUUUUUAAUAGUUACCAUGAUGAUCGUGAACACCGCCUCAACUUUAUAUAUGCCUUUUUAGAUAUGUCUUAAAGCAACUAAUUUUGAACUUAAGAACUAAGUGUAAAUAGAAGAAGAAUGUUUUCUUUGCCUUGGAGAUGUCUCAUGUGGAAUAUUAUAAAUGAAAAACAACUCUCACUGUACCCCAACAUGAUCAUCAUCAUCAUGUCAGUUUUUAACACCUCUUCUUUUCGGGUUGUGUGAAUGGGCAAAUAGAUUUACGCAGAUUUUUCGAAACAAUCCAUACAUGGAUGGAAUGAGCGAUCGCCUAUGUGGAAACGCGUCCAGUUUUUGCUGCACUGAAACGUGGAUCUUAGGACGAAAGAAGCCAAAGCAAUACAGUACAUUACUGUGUAGCAGCAGUGUCCUUCUCACGUGACGCUCAGCCGCGAGCUCCGGGGACUGGCCCUGCAGUGCCAUCUGGCGGUGGCUGCGUGGCGCUGCAGGCGUCGCUGCGAGUUCGCGAGCGCUGCGGCGGCGCGCUUCCAGCACACACGCUCCGCGACGCGCGAACUCUUCGCGUUUUCCUCGCGCGUGGAGCAGUGCGCCCUCUUCACGUGGCAUUUGAGCGCGGAAAUCCAGCGUCGACGCUCGCUGGAGAUUUCACAUUCCCCGAAACUUCACUGAACAAGAGGUGCUGUAGCUGAGACGUGACCGCGAUCGCGUCUGUUUUCAGCUGAACUUUACCACGUCGCGAGACCUAGACGGUCUGCGUUUGCGUUUCGGGAGUGUGAUCGCGUACUGUAAGAGCGGGUUCUCUCUGAGCUCAACAACACACACGAUUUAUAAUGGAAGAGGAAUCACGAAAAGCCAUCAAAAAAUGUUGCGAAUGCCAUAAUAUUUAUGAGAAACGAGGCCGUUGUUUUAAGGGUUUGUUUUGAAAAGCAAUCGCGGUUUGUUGUUGUUUGCCAACAAUUACAAUGUGAAAUAAAUGCCAAACAAAGACAUAUUUAGUUAUAAUGUAUAUUUGUUAUUACUGAGCAUUUAGAUAACUUAGUGUUUUUUGCCCUUCUCUUUUAUUUUCUGGAAAGGCAAAUGUGUUAAGUACUUAUACAGUAGUCAUGUGAGUGAA